AUGUUAGCUGGCCAACACACCCAAACAUCACCUCCCGGUCAAGCAACGGUAUCGUGCCUCCUCGAAGUCAACGGCGAGUUUUAUGCUCUUGGACCUGCGCACCUUUUCACCCACAAGAUCACUGCCAAGAUCCAAGAGCAAUUGCUCGCCGAGUUGCGACAAAUGGACGAAGACGAAGACGAGGGUGACGAUAUCACUUUCGACGACGAUGACGACGGCUAUAGCGACAAUAAUCACUCACCACCCAAUGGCCUCAUGUCGGAGGAGGAAUCGUUGGAAAGCAAUGCAACAUCAUCACCACCGAAGGUUCUCGACGAUCCCAGCAGCGACAAAGGAGGCCUAGAAGAUCUAGUAGCAAGGUAUCCUGGCCCAAAAGACCUGGAAAAGGACACCACGGACUGCGAUUGGGCAAUCACACAAGUCAAGAAGCCUGACCAACAGCUCCCGAAUCUGUACCUAGCUGAAGGACGGCAAGCUCCUGAGUUCCGCGGCCAACACAUUGUUAAGGUCGCAGUCGAGUUAUCAAAAGACACACAGCCCAUAAACGUGAAAUCUGUCAACAUACUCACCUCUUCGUCGACCAAAUAUGGCACGCUCCUCCCACAAAUUGCCAAUAUUUCCGGCCUAAGCGGGCGGGGACAUUGUAACGUGCAUGUUGUGCGCAUGAAGAAUCGUAACGAUAUCGAGUUGGGCGACUCUGGUGCUCUUGUCGUUGAUGCGCAAACUUCCGUAGCCUACGGACAUGUUGUGGCCACAAGUCCGCAGGGCGAAGCCUAUGUUGUACCUCUUCAUGCAACACUCUGCCAGGUGAAGACGUUUUUCAAUACCGACAACGUUCGUUUGCCAGAAUCUUUGGACAUGCUCGGCCGGAUGGUACUUCACUACGUGACUACUGAGGCAUUCGCUGAAGCUGAGAAAGUUAUCUUAGCCAUGACCUCCAUGGUCAAAAGACUUCGAGUAUUUCGUCUAGCAGAGGGGCGGAAACGGCUAACAUACUGGCUCAAGGAUUCUACAGUACGAACUGCCCUGCUUGGGCUUGAUUUUCAAAAGGAUACAAACGAUGCCCGCCGCGAGGAGUGGCUGAAGCUAGGUGAAGAUUGGAAGAUGUUUGUGGUUAUAGAAGAUCAGACGCGCUCAAGCUUGGAUGCUGCAGAGAAUGGAAUUGAGGGGCUGUCGAGGAAGAUGUGGCCGGGGGCGAGGGCGUCGCGGUCUUAG